UAAAGAUAGGCGACGUUAGCGGGUAUUAUUGUUAACCUAUUAAUAUGUCUUGCUGAGUAUAGUGUAAUUUCAGGAAAUCUCUUUUGACAAAUUUGUGUCGUCAUAUUUACGUUUACUUGGACGAAAAUGUCCACUUUACCGGAGUCACUGACCAACGAGGGCUGGUAUCUCAGUGAUGAAGGCAUUGCUGAAUUGAAAGGAUCUGGUGAGAACAUUACGCCUAAGGAUAUUAUUCGCAUUGCACUCGAUACUGAUCUCAGACUGAUUGGAAGAAAAAUUCUGCCACCUGAUAUCAACAGUGGAAGGGUUGAAAAGCUGGAGGGUCAAUGUGUUCUCCAGCUGCAGAAGUUGAGAAAUAUCUCUGUGCCAAAAGACAUAGAGUCCCAGGGAGGGCUACGAAUGCUGCGCCUUCAAAUGACAGAUGGCCAUACCACCUGUUCUGGAUUGGAGUUUAAACACCUGACCAAAAUCAGCCUUAAUACUCCCCCUGGAACAAAAAUUAAGCUCCUAGGUACAGUCCUGGUUAGGAAUGGGUUUUUGCUGCUCGAUGACUCAAAAAUGUCAAUUCUUGGUGGAGAGGUUGAACACAUGGUGGAGAAAUGGGAACUGCAACGGAGUCUGGCCAAACACAGCAGAAACAACAUCGGAGCAGAAGGUGGGCCACCUCCUUUUUUGGCAUUUGGCCAGAAGAAUGCAAAGAAGGAUGAAGUGGACAGCGAAACGCUUGACCAGAGGAAAACCAUUCAGAGUGUAGUCAAACUUACUGAUGAGAAUGACGAGUUUGCAAAACAUCGAACAGCAGCUAUUGCUGAGGUGGCCAAGGGUAAAGAGGGUCCCCGUAUAUUCGGUGGAGGAGGAAAUGCAGGAAGUAAUUUAUCCACCACUACUUUAAGGAAACGUGACAAGCAUAGGCGGGAAGACAGGCUUGAAAGACAUGAAAACAGAUGGGAUGGAAACUAUCGAGAGCUGGUGGACGAGCGUGCCCUGAGAGACAUCAUAGACAUGGGCUUUAACAAGGAGGCAGCCAGGCAAGCCUUAAUGGAUAAUAACAAUAAUCUUGAGGUGGCACUAAACAGUCUCCUGACGGAAUCUUCUGGUAGCAGAGCCAACCCUUUGGUCACAGACAAGCCUCAGCCCAGAGGAAGAGGAAGGGGUCGAGGCCGGUUCAGAAAUGAUGGUGUGGAGGAGGCUGGAGGAAGGCCCUCUGGACCAAGUACUCUUUUUGACUUCCUGGAAUCCAAGAUGGGUGUUUUUUCCAUUGAUGAGUCAAAAAGCCAGGCUCCUCAGAGACAUGAGAAUAAAGAUAAUUGGCACGGUUCAGACUAUUACUCCAAAGAAGCCUCUCACACCAAGUUCACCUCACAUAAUGAUCAUAGACAAAAAAAGAGUGACAGGCCACCCCGCUUCCACAGGGACACAGACUUUCCCAAACCAGGGCAGGAGCCAUUCUCGAACUGUAUAAACCCCCAAACUUCAUCAGUCCAGCAGUGGAGGGGCCAGGAUGGGUUGUCACAGUUACCACCAGACAGACAACCGAAUGACAAGAAAGAGACUGAUGAUGAGCAUAUUAUUGCCUCUUCUUUUACACCAUCUUUUACUCGUUCCAAGGAAACUCAAAAACAGACAGAGUCAGUUGGAUCAUGUCCACAGCGGUCAAGAAAUGGUGAUGGUGGAAACAUGGCUGGAUCAUUUCUCCGGAGAGGGGCAAAGGACAAUACACCCUCAUCUAAACUGGCGAAUCCUUCAGGAAAUGACAACCCAAACAACUUCAGACGAAAGGGGAAAACUGACCGACCCGACUACUUUGGGCGUCAAAGGGAUAGUGUUCCACCAAACUCGAGGGGAGGAAAUUUCAGAACGUCCUGUGAAGUAGAAAUGUUACAGGAUUCACAAUUAUUGACAGGGUGUCCAUCUAAUUACCAAAAUGGAGAUGUGGUGCCUAUAAGAACUGGGCCAAUCAAGCCAACAAAUACACCUGGUCCUGCCCAUAGGGAGCAACCUCCUAAGAGGAACAGUCAUAAUAAUCCUGGUCCCAAAAGAAAGUUUGGGCAAGGUAAAGGUCAAGGUCCUCGAGGGACAGUGAAAAUUCCUAAUGUAGGUCAGACAUGGAAACCUGGAGAUCAGUGCCUUGCUCUGUACUGGGAAGACACUAAGUUCUACCAUGCCACAAUAGAUGCCGUGCAUCCAUCAGGCUCUACAGCUGUAGUUGUGUUUAGUGAUUAUGGAAACUGUGAAGAGGUCCUCCUUCAUAACCUCAAGCCUAUUUCUGCUGACAUCACGAUUUUGGUACAGAAUUUCUGCUAAAGUGGGCCACAUACAAUGAAGUGACGGGCUGGACCUGGGCUCAGGCCUUAACUUUUUUUUUUUUUUUUUUUUAAUUUUAACUUUGGCUCUGGCAAAAUAGACAUUUUUACAAUACUAAAGCUAAAACAAAAGUGUCUUAUUUGAGACAUGCAUGUCGACCAUUUCAUCAAGCAGUAGGUAGUUGGAGUUAAUUUUGUGGCCAUGGUUGCAGUUUUUCCCCUAUGUUUUGAGUGAUUUUCUUUGUGCACCCGCUCUACUUGACACAACGCACAGCAAUGGGAAUUCCUGUCACAGGCUGAAUUUCCUCUCCACCUAUGACUUGUGGUAGGAGGAAAAGUUGACAUUUUCCAAAAAGAACUUCAAAAUAGACAAAGAAAUGUGUGAACAUUAGGUUCUAACCAUGUUUGCCACUUACAGUAGACACACAUGCCUGAAAAAAAGAACAUGGUGAUCAUGUUUUUAAGGCCUCCUCAUAUCUCCAGUUUGAAAGUCUUUUUUGUGUGUAUUGUCACCAUGGUUACAUAAAAUGUUUCAAUAUGAGUAUAUCAUAUGGUGCAAUCAAGAAAUUUUUUAUAUGUAAUUUGUGGGGUUGCUUUCAAUACUGUGCAUUGUAUUUUGGUUGAAAAAAAUGGGCAGAAUAAGACUUCAGUAUGAGGAAUAACAUGGGAUGCUUUUCUUAGCAAAGCUCUUCUGCUUAGCAGUUAGAGGUAUUGCAUUGCUCCGCAAGCAGGUCCAUAAUCAUGAAAUUCCAAGCUUAAGCAAUAUAAUGGAAAAACAAUGAAAUGAGAAUAACAUUUAAUCUAACAAGCCUCAACUCUGUUAAAUGCACAA